GUCUCCCCCACACUCCCGUGCACCAUUAUUUCUCACUUCUCACUCCUCUCUCUCUCUCUCUUCCCCGACACGGAAGUCACUGUCCUCCUGUCUGCCCGCACACUCCCCUGCGCCACCUUUUCUUUUCACGGCUUCCCACGCCAGCCAGCCCGAGCUCCCAUUCCAAAACCUCACUCGCGAACGCCAAGAACUCCAGUCCAGCGACGGCAAUGGCGAUGGCGGCGGAGGGCGGCGCGGCGAGCGAACCGGAGCUGGUGUCGAUCCCGGCGACGCCGCACGGCCUGUCGACGCCGGAGGGCGCGACGACGCCGACCGGAGCCGGCGGCGGCGGCGGCGGCGGAGGGAGGAGCAAGGGCGGCUCCGGCACUCCCGGGCGUCGUGUGGUGGAGGGCCUGCGCGGGUACCUGGAGGACGUGGGCCACCUCACGCGCCUCGACCCGCGCGACGCCUGGCUGCCCGUCACCGAGAGCCGCGGCGGCAACGGCCGCUACGCCGCCUUCCACUCCCUCAACGCCGGCCUCGGCUUCCAGGCGCUCCUCCUCCCGCUCGCCUUCCCGGGUCUCGGAUGGAGCUGGGGGAUAAUUUCAUUGACUAUUGCUUAUUUCUGGCAACUGUACACACUCUGGAUCCUAGUGAAGCUUCAUGAGGCUGUGCCAGGCAGGAGGUACAACAGAUAUGUGGAGCUUGCACAGGCUGCAUUUGGAGAAAAACUGGGAAUGUGGCUGUCUCUUUUCCCAACUAUUUAUCUCUCGGCAGGCACUGCCACUGCGUUGAUCCUUGUUGGAGGGGAGACCAUGAAGCUGUUCUUCCAAAUAGUAUGUGGCCCACUCUGCUCGCCAAAUCCCAUUACGACGGUCGAGUGGUACUUGGUGUUCACAUCCUUGGCAGUAAUUCUUUCCCAACUUCCAAAUCUCAAUUCAAUCGCUGGUCUUUCACUCAUCGGUGGCGCGACUGCGAUAAUGUACUGUACCAUGUCAUGGGUUCUCUCCGUCAGCCAACCGCGACCACCAACAGUAUCUUAUGACCCAGUGACAUCCAAUUCUUUCGGUAUAUCCCUAUUCUCAACCUUGAACGCCCUUGGGAUAAUAGCGUUUGCCUUCAGAGGACACAAUCUUGCUCUGGAAAUACAGGCGACAAUGCCAUCGACUUUCAAACAUCCAGCACAUGUGCCAAUGUGGCGCGGGGCCAAAGUAGCGUAUCUCCUGAUUGCAAUGUGCCUCUUCCCCGUCGCCGUUGGAGGCUACUGGGCCUACGGAAACAUGAUGCCACCAGGAGGGAUGCUUACGGCACUCUACGCCUUCCACAGCCAUGACAUCCCACGGGGCCUCCUCGCAACGACAUGCCUCCUCGUCGUGCUCAACUGCCUCAGCAGCUUCCAGAUCUACUCCAUGCCAGUGUUCGACAGCUUCGAGGCCUACUACACCGGCCGCACCAACCGCCCGUGCUCGGCAUGGGUGCGGUCAGGGUUCAGGGUCUUCUACGGGUUCCUCUCGCUGUUCAUCAGCGUGGCCCUGCCAUUCCUCUCCAGCCUCGCGGGGCUGCUGGGCGGGCUCACCUUGCCUGUGACCUUUGCCUACCCGUGCUUCAUGUGGAUCCGCGUCAAGAAGCCCGAGAGGUUCAGCUUCAGCUGGUACCUCAACUGGGGCCUUGGGCUGCUCGGCACAGCGUUCAGCCUGGCCUUCUCGCUGGGUGGCAUCUGGAGCAUCGUCAACAAUGGGAUGAAGCUCAAGUUCUUCAAGCCUACUAACUAGGUAUAUAUAGAUUGCUUGCUUGCUCCAAUCUGCAAGAUAUUAGAAGAAAAUAGUUGUGGAACUGAAUUGUUACAUACUAUUACUACUGCUACAUGGUUAUGCUGCAUAACUGCAUAACUACGUUGCCUUCGUAGGAACAAUGGCAUGUAUGUAAUGUAAGUGAUGCCUGGGAAAUUCGAAAUCUAAGGGGCUUUGCGUAUGCGUAUAGAGUAUAUUUUCAUGUA